GCAGAACUUUUAGAGCUGUUAAAGUUGGGAGGAAGCGAGCUGGAGCUCGGACCCCCUUCCCGGCCUGCCCCGAGCAUGGAGCGCGGGGCCCCAGCGCCCGCCCCACGCCUUAGAGACCCGAUGCCAGACCCCGGGGCCUGAACCUCAUCCGACCGCCUCGCCCCUGCCAGAGUUUUAUGGCCCCGUCUUCUCUCAGAAUGAAUCCCGCCCACAGGUCACUCAGCCCGGAGACUGCCAGCGACGACGAGACCAGCAGAGAAGCGGCCGCCGCUUCCCCUCGGGGGAACCCCUUGGCCGAGGAGGACCCGCCCCGGGUGAACUGCAAAGCGCCGGGGUGCAGGGAUCAAGUCUCCUCUAGCUCCCUGUUACCGUUCAGUGUGGAGUCCCUACUCAUUUCGGAGGGCAAACCAGGCCCCAGGAGCAGCAGGACGCACCAGCAGUCUACGGAAGUUGCCCCCGAAGCACCCCCUGCCCCGGGCCGGAGCACCGGGUUCGCGGGGGAACCUGGCCAAGACUUAUCGGAGCGGCGGAGCAAGCAGCAGCUUCCGGCGACGGCCGAAAGCACGGGGCACCCGAGCCCUCCGUCCUGCACCCUGAGGAAGCACAAGAACAACCGCAAGCCCCGCACGCCCUUCACCACCUCGCAGCUGCUGGCGCUGGAGAGGAAGUUCCGGCAGAAGCAGUACCUGUCCAUCGCCGAGCGCGCCGAGUUCUCCAGCUCGCUCAGCCUCACAGAGACCCAGGUCAAGAUCUGGUUCCAGAACCGCAGGGCCAAGGCCAAGCGGUUGGCUCUGAAGGAGCCCGUGCCCGUGCUCUGCUGCUGCUGCAUCCAGCGGCGGCGCCCCGACGUAGAGCUCACAGGCCGCUGUCGUCGCGACUCCCUGCGGCCAGUUGCGGACCUAAGAAACGACACGCACGGCAAGGGUGCAAUUUAA